AUGCAUCUUUCGAGCAGGUCAGAGUCGCCAGACCACAACGAGCCGGGCCCACACAAACGCUGUGCGGUUUUCGUCCGAGGAAAGCCACAGAAAUAUGGCUGGGUAGUACCUGGACGACGGUACGCCGAGGCUGUUGUCGUCCGGUCUGAUUGUGAGCGGUGUAAUACCGGUCAGGUGACCUGUCAGAAAUGCUGUCCGAGGGAGACAAAAGUCCGUCUGCGCCCAGAGAAGGGGUACUAUUGCCAGCCAAAGGUUAUCCUUCGGGAGAUCAUGCGAGUGGUACCUGUAUCCGAGUGGUGGCCGAGGAGUGCCUGCGCUGCACUUCGCGUAGUCCAUGUUGUCGAAUUCUGGCGUGGCAUCGAAGGUCUUGUGCCUAGGGAUCGGGCGAGUGUGGCAAAUAAGUAG